CGAGCGUUGGUGCUCAAGGUGUGAGCUUUACAGGACCAGUUGGCAAAAAGGGCGAGAGAGUGAGAGAGAGAGAGAUGAAGAAAUCGGGCGCAGAGAAGAAAAAGGCCCGACGAGCAGCAGCGGUUCAAAAUGGCACCAGAGAUGCCAACAGCGAUACCCCUCUCAGGAAGCAAGCUGCAGGGAAGGAUGCAUAUCAGUUGUUUGCUGAGAACGUUAGGGACCACAAGGAUCUAGAAUGUAGAUGGGCUGUUUUACAGGAGACCCGAGUGGAGUAUUUCAGAGGGAAGGAUUUUGUUAGCUUUUUGAAAAAUCAUCCAGAGCUAAAGGAAGUACUAGAAUCAGAUAGGAAUUUGGAAGUAGAAGAUAUUGCCAAUGUUCUUUUGAGGAAGAAUCUUAUAGUGAGAUGUGAUCGUGUGGUAAAAACUGUACGACCUGGGAAGCGGAAAUUAUCUUCCUGGCCAGCUCAUUUAGAGAUAUUUCCUGAUCAAGUGUUCUCUGAUAAUGAUGCUUUUUUCGCAUGGACAUUUGUGAAACGGCAGCCUUUAUGGCAGACAAUUGUAUCAUUCCUUUGGCCUGUUUUGACAUUAGCGAUUUGCUUGUUUCCUGUAUUUCCACAUCGGUGCAAGCUUCUAGUACUCUACACCUGUGCUGGGGCCCUUCUACUUAUAUUCACCGUGCUCUUAUUAAGAUGUGUAAUCUUCGGUUCACUAUGGAUCAUCCUUGGAAAGCGUGUCUGGGUUUUCCCGAAUAUCUUGGCAGAAGAAGCGACAUUGAAAGAACUAUUCCGGUUUUGGCCCAAGAAAGAUGAAGAGGAAAAGCCUAAGUGGACUGCGAGACUCUUUUUCGCAGUAGCAGCAGUGCUGGUCAUAUUACUGCUGAGGCACCAUGCUCCUGAUGAGGCUGCCAGAGCCAGGUACCAAAAGCGGGUCUCUAAUAUAAUUGAUGAUGUUUUGGAGUGGUCUCCAAAACUGGCUUUAUCUGGAAUGAUGGAGAAGCAGCAGACUCUGGUUAAUGCAACAGAGACCAACCACUCCAUGACAGGGAGUAAAGCAAGUGCAAAUGGGAGUGCUUCAUCUGAAGAUGCAUAUAGAGCCACUAGUUCAUACCAAAAUGAAGAUGAAGAAGUUUUUCAAAGUGAAGGAGAUGAUCAUAUAUGAUCGCCAACUAUCAGAUACAAAGUGGGGCAACAUAAAAUGUUCACAGUAGCGCUGUUUUCUUACUAUAGAACAGUGUAAUGUAAUUGUAGAUCUAAUUGUUUUCCUCAAUAAAGCAAUUGAUCUCAGUCUGUAUCUUUCUUUAUUUGUUUAAUCUGGCACGCACCCAUGGGACAGCAGAGAAGAUGGCUCACAUACCUAGCUUGUUGCGGAGCCAUGGGUCUGAAUUUUUGCAUUCUGAAGCCAUUAAUCACAGUGAAACAUGGCCUUCUGCCAUCUGAGACACUUUUUUUUUUUCGGGGUGGGGGGGUUGUGUGGUGAAGUUUCUUGAUGAGGGUAUAAACCCUUGUCAGAUUUUAUGCAACAUUGACAAAUGCGUUUGAAACCUUAAUGUGUUGCAAGAGGACCACAUAUCAAUGGAAACAAAUGAAGACAAUAAUUCAUCCCAGGAGACCAAUCAUCAUCACGAGUGGUGGUUUUACAGCUAUAACAGAGAGUCUGGAAGGGCCUCGAUCUGGAUCAUACAGGACAAUAUCUUUCUAGUUCAUAUGGAAUUUAGAUAUACAGGUUCUGCACUGGAGGCUGAAGUACGGGGCAUCAAAGGACUCAUCAGAACAUUGCCAUUGGGAGCAAGAACUGUGUAGAAAUCUGGACUGAUUCACAGCAGAUGAUGUACUGGCUCAACUGAAUUGAAGGACAUCUUCUUUGACCUGUUUAACAUUACUAUUAUGUUUCAGAACUUGUAAGUAUAACUAUUAAGAAGCAAAACAGAUCUAAAAUCACUUUUGGAUUUCCUUCAAAUGCAUGGAAUUUUGUGAA